AUUUAAAGUGCAACAUCACACUGCAGGCUGGUCCUUACUCAUUACCUUGCCCUAACUACUGAACCUUGACAAGAAGAAGUGGCAAGCAACUACAAAAUGGCUUUUAAGAGACAAAAUCUAAAAAAUAUCUCUUUAAUUUGUGUUUUUUUAUCAGUCAUUUACCUUGUGUUUACUCCAAGAAAAGGCUCCGUUCAGAAAAGGCAGGUUGACAUGGCGAACAUGUUCAUAAAGCAGGAUGCUGGAGAAUUGCAAGCUUGUUCAGCUAUCAUCCAAGGAGACAUGGAUGGAGUAGACCAGAAACAUUUCAGCAAACUCCUCGCUUCCAGGAAGAGAACAUCUCUUUUAUCAGAGUCCUUCUACCUAAAUGCAACUGCAGACUGUCAAGCUUACAUCAGAGACCGGGGUUUUUUCACGGUUCAUCUCAGCAAGGAGGAGAAAGAUUUCCCAAUUGCUUAUUCAAUGGUGAUCCACGAGAAGAUUGAAAUGUUUGAGAGGCUCCUGCGAGCUAUUUAUACUCCUCAGAAUGUGUACUGCGUUCAUGUAGACCAGAAGGCACCUAAAAUCUUUACAGAAGCUGUCAAGGCUAUUGUGUCUUGUUUGCCCAAUGUGUUUGUGGCCAGUAAGUUGGAGAACAUAGUCUAUGCUUCUUGGUCUCGAGUUCAAGCUGACAUCAACUGUAUGCAGGACCUACUCAAAUCUACUGUCCAGUGGAGGUACUUGCUUAACACUUGUGGUAUGGAUUUCCCCAUCAAAACCAACGCGGAGAUUGUCCAGUCUCUGAAGCAGCUGAAUGGGAAAAACAGUAUGGAGUCAGAGGCCACAAACCCAUACAAAAAGCAACGCUGGGAGUAUCACCAUAACAUCACAGACACUGUGAUUCAGACAGAUGUUAAGAAGACCCCUCCACCAAUCAGAACCCCCAUGUUCUCCGGGAAUGCUUACUUUGUUGUUACACGGGCAUUCGUGGAGCAUAUAUUCAAGAGUAAGGAGAUUAGGGACUUCAUGAAAUGGGAACAAGACACCUAUAGUCCAGAUGAGCACCUGUGGGCUACGCUGAAUAGGAUGCCCUCGGUGCCUGGAUCUAAACUGCCAAACAUAAAGUUUGAUGAAUCAGACAUGAUAGCCAUCGCAAGGCUAGUGAAGUGGAGCUAUCAUGAAGGGGACAUAAAUCAAGGGGCCCCAUAUCCACCCUGCACCGGCUCACACAGGCACGCAGUAUGUGUUUACGGAGCUGGAGAUCUGAAGUGGAUUGUGAUGCAGAAACAUCUCCUGGCUAACAAGUUUGACCCAGAGAUUGAUGAUGUCGCUAUAAAAUGCAUUGAGGCAUUUUUAAGGUACAAAGCUAUUCAUGGUCAGUCACUGUUGUUGAUUGAUAAGCAAACUAUACAGAAAUAAUAUUUUAUAGAUCUUUCUAUUUUAGCCACAUUGUACAUUUGACUGUUAUUUUAUUUUAUUUAUUAGUAGAAUAUUUAAACCUUUUUACUGUCUAGGUUCACUUAUCUUGAAAAUGAUAGUUGGUAGAGUAUCGUCUUGAACAUUGGCUCACAUUUAUAAUGGUCUUAUGACUACAUGUUAUUUUAUUAAUAUGUUAUUAUAUUAAUAUGUUUAUUAUUAAUAUGUUUUAAAAAGCUAAGCCCAUCAUAUUUGAAUUCCGUAGAUCAAUAGAAUAAACUGAAGAGAAAAAGUUAUUAUAAAGUUAUUAUAAAUGUAUUCUUACAUUUAUUGAUUCCUGUUACUGUAAUGAGAUGUUUGAACUGAAAACUGAAAAAUAACAUGCUCUUUAUGAUCUCAUGCAAAAUUUGAUUAGAUUUAAUUACGUGGUGUGUCAACAGUGCAGGAACCAGUUAAUUAAAUCUGAAACCAUUUUAUUUACUUAUCUACUUAUUUUCAGUUUUGCACUCCAUAUUACAGCAUUCAUCUCAUCAAAAAAACCAUGGUUCACUAACUCAUGAUUUUCUGAAAAUACAAAGCUAUUAAGACAGAAAGACCUCAAGAAAGAAUCAGUUUUAUGAGUUUAUUAGUUGGAAAAAUGUUAUUUGAAUAAAAAUGAUUUAUUUUGCAUAAAAUAAAUAUUUAAAAAAAUAAAACCUCUUGAGUUUUAACGUUGUCAAUACAAUUGCAAGAAAAUGUUUGAGGGCUUUGGCAUUACUUGGAUUUCUGCAUAAUAACCUACCUGAAAAGUGACCUUUUAAAAGUGACAUUUAAUAAACAACAGACCUGACAUUUUCGAUAUCCGAGCAAAUAGUUUUAACGAUCAAGUCAUGUUAAUGUAUGAAGAGUUCAUGGAUGAUUUUUGGAUGUCUUGCUCAAUUGGUCAAUUUCAGAUUACGCCACAGCAUUUUUCAACGGUUCAAUGCUAUGCAAUGUGGCAACAGUGGAGAAGUGAGGUUUAAUAUUGUAAAAUAAGAAGUAUAGAGUGAUAAAUCUAUAAUAUAGCAGCAAGCAGCAGUUCUGGGUUCAAGCAUGUAUCAGCCCUUGGGCUCUUGUAGAAGGGAUCUACAAGGCCUGUGUGUCAACCAUUAAACCGCUUAAUCUGGUAUCAACAAUAUUAUAGUUCACUGAUUCUCUGUUAUUACCACUCAUGGGUCCAAGGGCCUUUACAUGCAUGAACCCAUAACUGCCACUUGCGGCUAUAAAAUUUUUUUAUUAACAUGAACACUCAUAGCAGACCAAGCCACCUUGGGAAGGUCACUCAAGGAU